AUGGUUGAUGAUGGUGAUGAUGAUAAGGUAAAAACUUUCUGUACAGAUGAUCAUCCCACAAGGGUAUUCCUUGCCUUGAACAAGUUCAGGGAUUCUUCCAUCCUCACUGACCUUACUCUGAACACUGUAGAUGGGAGGAGUUUAUGUGUGCACUCUUUGGUCCUGGCUGCUGUCAGCUCGCUAAUCUGGAAGAACAUGAACAGAAACAUAACAUAUAGUAAAGUGGACAUGAGAAGAGAUACGGACAGAAGUGCAGGAGUUCACAAGUGGUUACUCUCUCUUGGUCCAGAAGUGGAUUAUGUUGGAUUAGAGGCGAUUGUCGAGUUUGCAUACACUGGACUCAUAUCAUGUUUGAACGAGCACAUGGACCAGAUAAAAGCUGCAGCUCAAACACUGGGUGCCCCACGGGUGUUGGACCUUUUUGCCAAUAAAAAAGAGCUACCAAUAAAAGCUGGGGGACAUGGUAUGGCUGAAAACAUCUCUGCAGCACAACAAAUAAUGAUCAGUCUUCAGUCCAUCAAACAGCUGUGGAUGAACAGAGCGGGCUGCGAUGUGGUUCUGCAAGCUCUUGGUGGAUCUCUUCAUGUCCACAGAGUCAUCCUGGCUGUCAGUAGUGACUACUUCCGUGGGAUGUUCACCUUGGGCAUGAAGGAAUCCUUCCAGGCUUCUGUGAGCCUUCCUUUCCUGCUGGCUUCAGAUCUUGAAGUUCUAAUUGGUAGUUCCUACAAAGGGUCUCUUCCCCUCAGCUGGACGAGCAUUUUUGAGCUCACCAGUGCAGCUAUCCAGCUCCAGUACCAGCCUGCCUUGACCUUGUGCCUUAACUUCCUUCAACAAGAAAUAACACCUCACACUUGUCUGGAUGUGGUGUCAUUUGCUGAAGCGUAUGGAAUGGCACAUCUUCUCGAAGCAGCAGAUGAUUUUGUCUUGAGGCAGUUCCAAAAGGUGGCAUGCACCUUGAAGUUCAAGGACCUGCCAGGCAGACAGCUCCUUAAGUACCUGAACAGUUGCUCACUUUGCGUUCCAUCUGAGCUUGUUGUGUUCAAUGCAGUAGUAGCAUGGAUUCAAGCAAAGCCCAAUGUAAGGCAAAAGCUUGCCAAAGAGCUCAUGAAAACUGUCCAUUUUCCCCUGAUGACCUUUGAAGAGUUUAAAGAGGUCCAGUCUCAAGACAUGUGGCGUGAUCACAACUUGGCUGGGCUAUACGAAACAGUUCUCGAGGAGUUCUGCUCCACUCAAACUGCACUGCAGAACCAGUGUCGGAUCUAUCUACCCAAAGAGAAUUUGGUCUUAAUUGGUGGAGACCAGAUCUCUGAAGACCUGGGUGGCCGCAGCAUUAGCAGACAGCUUUGGUUUGGGAAUUCAUUAAAAAGUUUUACAGGAAUCCAAAAGGCAAUAGAGUGGAGAAGUUUGGGAGCAAUGCCAGAGCCAGCAAGGUUUAGUCAUGAGGUGGCUGUGCUGAAUGAACAACUCUACAUCUUCGGAGGGAAGAAGUAUUAUGGCAAUGGUGACACCUUAAACUCCACUUAUAGGUAUGACCCCCUUCAAGACAGCUGGGAGAACCUGAGUGAAAUGCAAGAAAAGAGAUGCUCUUUCUCUGUGGUUGUUCUGGAUCAAAAACUGUAUGCCAUUGGUGGGCAAUGUGAACUCAAUCAUUUGGACAGUGUUGAGCUCUAUUGUCCUACUACAGACUCUUGGAGCUUCACCUGGCCUUUGGAUCUACCUUUGAGUGGGCACGUAGCAAAAGUUCUUAAAGGUCAGAUUUUCAUCUCAGGGGGCCAAAGCAGCGACUUCCUGUGUCUUUCAUCCAUGUUUCUGUACCACCCAGAGACAGGCAGCACAUUUCUGGCAAAUAUGAGCAGUCCUCGAGCUCAUCACUGCAUGGAAACCCUGGGAGAUUGUCUUUACGUCGCAGGAGGAAUCACAGCGGAUCAUAGUAUGACUGUUAUCGAUCAGCUAGCAUGUGAAGUGUACUGCCCAGCUACUGACAGCUGGACUGCCUUCACAUCGCUGCUGGUGCCACAUGUAGGAGCAGGAAGUGCAGUUUUGGAGGGAAAGUUUUAUUUGUUGGGUGGGUACAGUCAGGAAGACUGCAGCGACACUAACAUGGUUCAUCGGUACAACCCUGUCACACAAAAAUGGGAGAACGUUGGAGAGAUGCCUGGACCGAAUAAUGAUUUACAGGCAUGUGUGCUGUGUUUGCCACAACAUUUACGAAUGUAAGACGUCAUGGCAAAGAUCAUGGCUACAACUGCUUUAUUAACUUUAACAUUGUUAAUUGGGGCGGGGUGGGGGGCAUCAGACU